AUGGCACAGCUUCGAGCUCAGGAGAUUAUAAAUGAUCGAGACAUUGUCUCGCAAUUGUUGAGGAAGUCAUUUGCUGGAAGGACAGGUGCAGACCAGAAGCAGAUCGUACAGCAGCCAAGACCCAUGCCAAAGCUAGAAAUUCAUGGCAAUGGCAGAGUAUUUCAGGCUGAAUGGUACAGCAAAAAGGACUGGCUAUGUGGGAUUGAAAGUAGGAAAAGGCUUUUUUGUUGGCCAUGUUUAUUGUUUAAACCAGGUGUUUCUCAAACCUGGACAGAAACUGGCUACUCGAAUAUGCGUGGGUUUCUCUCUGACUGCAGAAAGCACGAAAAGGCCAAAUCCCAUUUUGAUUCCUAUAAAAUGUGGAAAACAUUUGAUACAGGUGAGCGAGUAGAUGUUUUAUUUUCAAGAGCCAGGAGGGAUGAAAUUGAACGACAUAAUGAGGAAGUAAGGCAGAACAGGGACAUGUUGAAAAUUAUUAUUGAAGCCGUUUUGUACCUUGCAAAACAGGAGUUAGCUUUCAGGAGUCAUGACGAAUCUAAUUCAAGCCUAAAUAAAGGGAAUUACCGCGAAUUAUUGGAAUGUUUAGCAAAAUUUGAUUCAAUCUUUGAACGCCAGCUGCAUGGGAGGCUAGCUGAUCAUGAAAGAGGGAAUAUCCAAGGGGGGGUUUUUACGGGUGUUUCGCCUGAUACACAAAAUGAUCUUAUUGAAUGUAUAGAUUCUGUUAUUCAAGAUCAAAUCGAUCGUGAAAUUGAGCAAUGCACAUUUUUGAGUAUCCAAAUUGAUGAAGCAACAGAUUUUUCCACCAAAGAACAACUCAGCUGCAUUAUUCGCCUAGACAAGGAGGGUGAGAUUGUUGAGAGGUUCCUUAAAUUCCAUGAUGUUAGUUCAGACAGAACUGCAUCAUCCAUAAGCACAAUUGUAAAAAUGUUACUGCAUAGGUACGGUGAAGCAUUGAAAAACAAACUUAUCAUGCAAACAUAUGAUGGAGCUUCAGUUAUGUCUGGACAUAUUUCUGGGGUUCAAACAUUGGUCAGGGAUGACUAUCCUUAUGCUUAUUUUUUCCACUGUGCAGCUCAUAGAUUGAAUCUUGUUCUUUGUCAGUCUGCAUCUUCCAUUUCUAGUGUAAAAGUAUUUUUUGCUAAUGUUGGUGCUUUCAGCAGCUUUGCAAGUGUAAGCUCCAAAAGAAAAUCUUUGCUACGAGCACAUGGUCUUGAUAUCCCUGUUCCUAGUGAAACAAGAUGGUGUUACCGCUCACGUACGAUAAAUGUAAUUUCAGAAAAUUAA